AUGCUCGCGACUGCAGAAGCGGGUUACGAUUCAUCUCCAGCUGUCACCGAAGUGAUUGGGAAGGCCGAAGAGGUGCCUCCCGGGACGAAAAAAGUAUUCAUUGUGAAAAACAAACCAAUACUCGUUAUAAACGAUAACGGAACGCUUUAUGCGACCACUGGCGUUUGCUCUUACAAGGACUCUCUGGAGAAUGAUGAGUUUCAUUUCCGGCUAUGA